GCGUCACCCGCACCCGUCCCUUCGCGCCACGAGCUAGCCUGUCAACUAGAACCUCUAGUGCACGCAAGUUUUUAAGCAUGGGUACCGAGGAGUUCAAGUACCACAUCUGCUGCAUGGGCGCCGGGUACGUGGGCGGGCCGACCAUGGCCGUGAUCGCCCAGCGCUGCCCUCACAUCCGCGUGUGCGUGGUCGACAUCUCCCAAGCGCAGAUCGAUGCCUGGAACACCGACGACCUCCCCAUCUACGAGCCAGGCCUGCUGGAAGUGGUCAAGGAGAGCCGGGGCCGCAACCUCUUCUUCUCCACCGACAUCGACGCCGAGAUCAAGCGCGCGGACAUGGUGUUCAUCUCCGUGAACACGCCGACCAAGACGACCGGUAUCGGUGCGGGCAAGGCGGCCAACAUCAAGAACUGCGAGCUGUGCGCCCGCAAGAUCGCCGAGGUCGCGGACACCCCCAAGGUGGUGGUGGAGAAGUCGACGGUUCCGGUCCGUACCGCCGAGGCUGUUCGCCGUGUGCUGGCGACCAAUGAGGGCAAGGUCAAGUUCCAGGUGCUGUCCAACCCGGAGUUCUUGGCGGAGGGUACCGCCAUGCCCGACCUGCAGGACCCCAGCCGGGUGCUGAUCGGCGGUAUGCAGACACCCGAGGGGCUCGCGGCUAUCCAGGAGCUGGUAGACGUGUACGCCAACUGGGUGCCGAAGGACAGAAUCCUCGCUACCAACACUUGGUCCUCAGAGCUCUCUAAGCUCGUGGCCAACGCCUUCCUUGCGCAGCGCGUGAGCAGCAUCAACUCGAUCUCGGCGUUGUGCGAGGCUACGGAUGCUGACAUCUCUGAGGUGUCUCGAGCUCUGGGGUACGACCCCCGCAUCGGCAACAAGUUCCUCAACUCCUCGGUCGGGUUCGGGGGUUCUUGCUUCCAGAAGGACGUGCUCAACCUCGUCUACAUCUGCGAGUCCACCGGCCUUCCUGAGGUGGCCGAGUACUGGCACCAGGUGAUCGCCAUGAACGACUACCAGAAGUCUCGCUUCACCCAGCUCAUGGUGCGACGUAUGUUCAACACCGUCACCGGCAAGAGGAUCGCCGUUCUUGGCUUCGCUUUCAAGAAGGACACGGGAGACACCAGGGAGACUCCGGCGGUGUUUGUGUGCAAGGCCCUCCUGGAGGAGCAGGCCAAGGUCCAGGUGUACGACCCUCAAGUGAAGAGAAGUCAGAUGUUCGUGGAGUUCGACUACACGUGCGGCGUCAACAAGGACAACACCCCCAGGCUCGAGGAGUCGAUUACCACUUGCGAGGACGCCUACUCCGCGGCCGAGGGGUCUCACGCCCUGGCCAUCUUGACCGAGUGGGACGAGUUCAAGACCCUCGACUACCAGCGCAUCUACGACAGCAUGGCCAAGCCGGCCUUCGUCUUCGACGGACGCGGGGUGGUCGACAUCGAAGCCCUCCGCAAGAUCGGCUUCGAGGUGUACUGCAUCGGAAAGUCCAAGCCCAAGUACUCUCUCGACAGUCCUAAGUAAGAAACAACAAAGUUUGACCGAUUUUGACUGCGACGGAUUUAGUUUCUCGAUCGUGUGUACAAGGUUGAACGAGUGGAUUUUCCAUCCAGUAUAGUAGUAUAUACGCAAGUGCUUUUUUUUUUUCUUGUUAUUUUGUCUAAUAUCUGUUGGUUUGUAAUGGUGGGGCGUUUUUUUCUGGUGUUAUGAUGGAUGGUGUGUCUGCAUGCGUACACUGGCUGUUUUGUGCUACCGCCCGGCCGGUUUCAGCUUUAGUCGAGAAUCGAUUGGUGCUGAUUCGGUGGUUGACAUUUGGCGUUAAUCGCCGAGCACAAAUGACCUUUCAGGGCGGCGUUUUUUCCUAUGAAAGCAUGGCAUCCAAAGGCGGCCCGCAGCCACAUGGGAGCAAUGAGGGUAUUGUUGCAAGGGAUUUCUCCGUGCGCGUGCGGCUGAAUGCCUCGUGCGUGCACGCAUGUCGGCCGAUUGAAGAAGUAAUAGCUGUUACUUGUAGUUGCGUUUCGGAUUCCUCAAGAGCAGGUCGGGUGCCCGCCGCUAUCGUGAGGGCGAGUUUGUGCUGCUCCAGGCUGUAACCCCCUCUGGAAGGCGGACGUACGGCUGCAUUCAGCGUUCUCUUGUCACGUACUGUAUGAUAGGUGGACUGGCAUUCUCCGUCAUGAAACUGUAGGUGGUAAGUCAACAAUAGCUCGGUAGUCGGGAGGCGGGCGUUGUUUUUGUACAGAGCAGCCGCAGUUUCGUCGUGGCACUAGCUUGAAGAAGGAAAGGUUUGGUGGAGUAGCUUGGAGGAAAGGAGCACUCGUACCUACUCCGAGUGUUGGAGAAAAGAGUUCCGUUAGCAAUGAAUGUGUGAUGCCCUGGUGAGAUGUUUUUGCUGUUGUUUCGCGUGCGCUUUGCGCGUCUAUCGUGGUCUUGGCUCCGAUGGGCAACAUGAAUCACCAUUUUUGUCCCUCUUCUUGACGUCCAAUCUUUCUGUCGAUGAUGCCAAAUCCGUCUGUGUUUUGGCAUACGUCUUCAUCAAGGCCAAUGAUAUCGGCUUUUUCGUUUGCACAGGCGUGCCACAAGGCAAUGCAACCGUGGUCUUGACUCCGAUGGGCAACAUAAAUCACCAUUUUUUCACUCUU